CAUCCCAUCCCAUCUGCUCUCUUUGUUCUCACUCUUUAUCUAUUAAUGUAGCACUUCAAAGUUGAAACUUUUUGGUUCUAGAAUUGUGUUCUUUAAUACAGUUAUUUCUAGUUGAGGACUUGAAAGUGGUGGAGCUUAUUCUUCCAUGUGUUUUGCUGGUUGUUGUUUAAGGAGAAGUUCUAAGGUAAAGCUUGCUGUGGGAACAGAGUUGAAGUGGGUUUUCGUUUGUGAAUCCAGUUUCUGAGAUUAUCAGUUGCACAUCAUCAAGGUUGAGGCUGAGUUGUUUUCCACUUGAUGCUUGAACUUGGCACCUAAAUUGAAAUUAGAUUAGGACAUUUGAGCGCAGUAGAUGUUUUCAACUCGAUUACAAGCAGAAAAUGAGAAGCAAAGAUGUCCUGGAGAAAGAUGACCUGGAGGAAGAAGAUUCAUUGCAGUCUGUGAGCAAGAGUAGAGACUCAGCAGAAGGGAUUACUUUGUCUGAAGAUUUCCUGCCAAAGAAAGAGUCUGACCACAUAGUUGUUCUAAGCAUAUCGGGAAGAAAUAGUUGCAGUAGGCAGUGGUUCUUCCAAAAGCUCUAUGGUCUAGAUAAUGCAAUUCCGAAGCACAUUAUAACUUUUGAUGAAAAAUACCUUCGUCGCUGUCUGGAAUGGAUGCAUAUCAGUGCGUUUGGAGUAUUUUCAUGCAAUUUUUCGUCUAUUGGUGUCUUUCACAAUGACUUAAGUUCAAGAGGAAUUAGUAGUAGACGUGCAUAUGAUAUGGCUAGGUUAGUUAUUGAACAUCCAUUGGCUCUUUUAACAGAUAGUGUUGCAAUAAGUUCUGCAGGAGAAAGGAUUCUGGGCACAAUCUCUGCCAGCAAGAGCAUGAUAAACAUUUUGAGGAGCCCGUUGCUUCAUCAGUUGGGAGCCCUCGAUUCUAAUGCCAGCAAUGGAGGAAGAGGUCUAGUGGACAUCAAAGAAGCAGUUGCUUCUGAUUUUAUUAGCUCUCCUGUUAAAUUCAAUACCAGUAAGCCUAAUAAACUAAAGGACGUGGUGCUUGGAGACAAUGAAUAUGGAUCUGAGCCAGUGCACAAGAGACUGGCUUCUGUAUCAAGCACAAAUUCUACCAGCUCUGAUCAGUCUUCUUUCUCUGCAUCAGCUGCUAUUUUCCAAGGAAUGCUGCAGUGCACGUGGAAGGAUGGAUGCCCCCAUUAUCUUUUCUCUGUGGAUGAUCAAGGGGAGGUUUAUGCUGCCAACUUACUGAAGAUCCAGUCACCAGAGGACAAGUCUCUCGACUAUAUUUACUCAUUUCAUUUAAAAUCAGGUCCCAAGAGAGACCUGAAUAUUCGGGAUAGAGAGUUAGAUCUUGUUGCUAAGAUGAAAGUGUCUACUUCAAUUACAUUGUGCCCCAGGAAUUCAGAAAUCAUGGAGACACAAUUUGUUUUGUUUGGUUCCAGUGAAAGUUGGAUGCAAGAGACCCAAACCUCAGUUAGUGUUCUUAAAAAGAACAAAGGGCUGACAAAGAAGGUAGCAGAUGUUUUCAGGACAAGCCAGUCUCGUAAGCAAAGAACGUCUUCAAAGUUAUGGGGAACGAGUAUUAUCCUUGAAGACACAUCCUGGGAGUCUUCUGAUGAUCUAUGUGACAAUUUUGAUCAGAGUCCGGCCAAUCUUCUGGAAAAUGACAUUCCACCAAAUCUUGAGUUGGCUGCCAUAGUUGUGAAGGACCAUAUACCUCACAAACCUAAGGAGCCAGAAAUUGGUGGUUGGGGUUUGAAAUUUCUGAGGAAAUCUGGCAACAUCCAGAUUGAUGCAGUUUCAGAAAAUUCAUCAAUUUCAGAACGUGGCCAACGAGAUGGUGGAGAAUGCUCAACAAGCAUGAAUAUUCUAGUUCCAGCAGGUUUUCACGGUGGACCAAGAGCCAGGAAAGGCGGGCCAUCAAGCCUCUUGGAGAGAUGGCACUCCGGUGGGCAUUGUGAAUGCGGAGGUUGGGAUAUCGGGUGCCCGCUCACUGUAAUCAGUACAAGAACAAACAGAAUUGAGAAUCUGCCCCAUUCAGAUAAUUCUGGAGAGUGCAAGACAGUUGACUUCUUUGUAGAGGGUUCCCGGCAAAUUUCACCUAUCAUGAAAAUGACAAACAUUCAUGAUGGCUUAUACUAUAUUCAUUUCCAGUCGACUCUGUCAGCCCUCCAGUCUUUCUCAAUUGCUGCAGCAAUUAUUCAUAGUAAUAGUCCUUCGCUUCGACCCAAAUUGUACAGGAGUUGAAACCACAUAAUUCAGGAUUCAGGAUUAAUGUAGUUCCAUCUCUCAAAUCAUAUCAAAGUUCGUAGUUUGUAGUUAACAUAGUAUACAUAAUGUUGAGGUACCAAGUUUGAUUGUCAUGGUUCUGGGUUUUGUGCUGUCCUGCUGUAUUUGUAGUUGAGGCUACUCAACUCAACUGUAUCUAAACUGUCUGCUGCUGCCAACAGGAAAAAAAAAAGGGAAACAGAAUUCUUGAUAUGUUUAUACUUGCUCUAGUUGUGGUCUGUUA